ACAAAGAUAUUCGUUAUCUUAUGUUAAUAAAUAUAAAAAAUAUAAGUGUGUGAAUAAAAAUUGAAAGUGUUGAUGCCUUUUAGAAUUGGAUGAAAAUAUUAAAUAAAUAUGCAAUAAUUUAAUUUAAUUUACGAUAAUCAUGUAAAAAUUUAAGCAUCGUAAUGAAUUUAAAAUUUAAAUGAAUUAUCGUUGUACGUUUCAAACUCUGUCUUGACAGUUUCUAUAACUAUUUGUAUAAAUUAUUAAUAGUGUUUAGAAGUUUUAUUUCUAAUAUAAAAAAAAUAUUAUAAGGGUUAUAUAUUCACUAUUCAGUAUUGAUAAACUGAUAAAACAGUGAAAAACGUCACGCCAAUUGGAUGUAUCCAUGGAUAAUGACAUAACCUAUAAAACUAUACUAAAUAGUAUUAUUCCAAAUAAAAUAUUUGACGACAUGGCUUGUGAAGCCUGUGCAACUAAAUUUACAUUAUUCAAAAGAAAAGUUAAUAAUUUUUCAGCUUAAGCAAUGUAAAGAUUGUUUGAGAUUUUUUUGCACAGAUUGUGUAAUCAGAAGAGGAGACAGAGUUCUAAGCUGUGAUAAUUGUAGUAUGUUAUCCAGGAGACCACUUAUAAAAUCUCAAGUAUUGGUAAUGAAAUCAAAAGAUCUCAAGCAGUAUCUUAUAGCAAAGAAAGUAUCUCUUAGGGGAUGCGUAGAGAAAGAAGAUUUAGUCAAUAUUUUGAUGAGAUAUGCAAAUGGAGAAAGUCAAAUAGACACCGAAUUAUUAAGAAAUAAUGUUUCUCAACCUUUGAGCAGACCUCAGGAAAGAUAUAAUACACCACCUGGUUCUCCAGCAAGGCGAUCAAGAAGUCCUCCAGUAAACUUAAGACAAACAGUUGAAAGUCCACAAUCAGAACAUCAGCCAGAUUUUUCUUCAAGAAAUCAUAAUGUGGAUAUAGAAGAAGUUUCAUCUGAAGAGGAUAUCAGUCCAAUGCAAGGUCCCGAACCAUUGAUAACAGAGCAAGAACAAGAAUUUGAGCAAAUACAGACAGAACUAGAGCAGGAUGAAGAACGGGACCAAGAAAUUGAAAUUCAAGAAGAACAAAAUCGUUCUCAAGAAAAUUCUGAUAAUAGUAAUCAGUCGGUAUUUAAUGAGCUUUCUUCGUGGGCUGGUAAUGUAAAGCUAUCUGAUAUAAUGGGAAGGUCAGAUUUAGAAUAUCUUAAUGUUAAACAAUUAAAAGAUCUUCUUAGAUCAAAUCGAGUAGAUUUUAAAGGUUGCCUUGAAAGAUCUGAACUACUUGACAGAGCUUCAAGACUUUGGGAUGCUCAUAAACGAUCAAGAGAAGAUUUAAAUGCGGAAGGUCUUUACGAUGAAAGUUUGUGUAAAAUAUGUUGGGAUUCACCGAUUGAAUGUGUAAUAUUAGAAUGCGGGCAUAUGGCUUGUUGUAUAAAUUGUGGCAAGCAAAUGAAUGAAUGUCCUAUUUGUCGUCAAUAUGUUGUAAGAGUUGUAAGAUUUUUCAAAGCUUAAAUUUAAAAUGAUUUAAAAAUAGAUUACGUUCAAGAAUGUAUAACUCUAGACUGGAUAUAAAAAAUCUAUGUAAUUUUGUGUUCACUGAUAAUUUUAAAGAUACCAGUUACAUAUCUUGAUAAAUUAUUAUUAUUAUUAAUACUAUUAUUAUUAUUAUUAUCACGAAUAUUAAUACUAUUACUCAAAUUUUCGUAACACUACGAAAAAAGUUUGUUAUCAAAGAGCUUAAAAAUAACAAACCAAAUUUAUUUAUUUAUUAUUUUUUUGGUAAGUAAUUUAUUAUACAUAUUUUUUUUUAUUUCCAAACA